AUGAUAAAUUAAAUAAAGAUUAGGAAUAACAAAAAAUAUAAGAAAAGUGCUAAUUAUUAGAUGUACAUAAAUAAAAUUGCAAAAAUUAUAAAAAAAUUAAUUCGUGGAUAAAAACAGUUGUUACAUAUUGAUUAGUUCUUAGAUAUGUACAAUAGUUAAUUUGAUAAAAUAGUAAUGAUAUGUAUUAAUUUCUAAUGUUAUAUUCUUUAAGUAAUAAAGAAAAGUUGAAUGAGAACAUCGAAAGUCUCUAAAAGUACAUUGAACAAUACUAAAAAAGUAAGAUAGUAAGGAAGAGAUUCGAUUAAUGAGUUAUGAAAUAUUAAUAUUGAAAUAAUAUCUAUUAAUGCAACGACAUAAUCAGUUAUUAAUUACGAUAGCUAACAUAUUAGAUGAAAUAAUUAAAGAGACUGAUACUUUAGAAAUAGAGUAAGAUUCAAUAUCUUAUUUUCAUGCAUCUAAAGCACCAUCAAUAACCUUAUUUAAUUACUUAUAAAGAAUUGCAAAAUACACACAUUGUAGUGAAGAAUGCUUUGUUAUUGCUUUAAUUUACUUAGAUAAGUUGUAAGAAAAGCAUCCAUAUCUAGUAUUAAAUUCGAAAUGCAUUCAUAGGUAUCCAUUUUUAUUUAUUAGAUUUCUAUUGACUUCUAUGGUAAUAGCCAUUAAAUUUUAAGAUGAUGAUUAUUAUAAAAAUGAAUAUUAUGCAAAAGUAGGAGGUGUAAGUGUAAAAGAAAUUUUUGUUCUUGAAUAAACAUUUUUAGAAUUAAUGGAUUAUGAAUUGUUUAUUGAUGAACAUCAUUAUUUAAUCUAUGAAAAGAAAUUACUAGAGUAUGGAGAAAUUGAAAUGCCUUGA